CUUCAUAGAAUAGAACAUUAUCAGAACCUUUCUGAGAGAAGAGAGUCUGAGAAAGAUUAAUGGCUACCAAAGAGAAUAAGCAGAAGAAAAUAGGUGGUUUUUUGAGCACUUUCUACAUGUCCAGUACUAAAAGUCACAAGCCAAAUACCGAGCCUGAUGCAGAGGUAAAUAACAAGCCUGUUUCACGGAGUUUGCCGUUAAAGAAAUUGGAAAAUUGUCAAACUAUAGAAAAAGCUGGCCAGAGGCAGAGAGGAAUAGAAAAAGAAGGAGUUGAAGGAGGAGGAGGAGGAGGAGGAGGAGGAAAGGUUGUUGAAGGAAGGAAGUCUGUGUCUCACGUUGAAACGAAUUUGUCAUCAGUGAUUGCAUUUCUUCAGGUGAAGGUUUUGGUUUCUGACAUGCCUGGAUUCAUGCAAGUGCAUGCCUUCCGAUGUGCUAGGAGAACUUAUGACAGCUUGGAGAAGUUUAGCUCAAAACACAUGGCUUAUAACAUGAAGAAGGAGUUUGAUAAAAUUUAUGGACCGUCCUGGCAUUGCAUUGUGGGCUCAGAUUUCGGCUCAUUUGUUACACACUCAACAGGAUGCUUUCUUUAUUUUUCAAUGGAGAAACUGUACUUUUUAAUAUUUAAGACAAAAGUCCAGAGGGUUGCAAAUUUGAGUUAAACAGAAAUCGAAGGCUAUUAAUCAAAUAUAGACACUCAAUUAGUUUUUCCCAUCAUUGCAAUUCGGAAUUUUCUCUGCAUGAAGUUUGUAAAUGACA